AGAGAGAGAGAGAGAGAGAGAGAGAGAAAGAGACAGAGAAAGAGAGCGCGCGCCGAGAAUGCCAUUCACACAUUCCUUGCGCCGCGAGUCCAGUGCGCACAGCAUGCGCUCCGGAACGCGCGUCUCUCCAAGAGCCGACGCGUGAAGCUGAGGACAAGGAGGAUGCCUCUGUCGACGCGAGGCGGUCAUUCGGUCACGGGAACUCACUGAUACUCCGGAGGGCUGCGACUCCGGUUCCGUUGGAUUGGGACGUAUACACACGGUUCUUGUAUCCCGCGCGUCGUCGGCGGCGGUGGCUGGAAAUAUUGCCACCGUGAACCGGAGCAGGCGAGAGAGGAGUGCCGCUGCGCUGAGGGAGGUCGGAUGUCACCUCCUGUUUUGGCCGAGCCGCGUUGACGCGCAAUUGUGCUUUCUGUUUUUGUUUUUUUGGCGUUUGGCAUCCUUUUCCCAAUGCCGCCCCCGCGUCCCUGCGCCGAGCCGACCCCAACUUCACUGUCCUGCCAGGAGCUUUUGCGGAGAACGAUUCCGACCAGUCAAGGAUCUCAGCACUUACAGUAUAAGCAGGACUCGUCCAGGGUGCAGGAGAAUGAGGAGUCACCGGGGCCGGGGGGAGCAGCAUGAGUGGCCCGUGCAUCUCCACUAGACGGACGGCCCUCAUGUUUCUAUGGAGGUGGUUAACACUAAGCCUGCUCCAGAGCUGGGUGUCGGCGGGGGCCGGGGCCGGGGCCGGGGCCGACCACGCCGGGGCCGGCUUCCGCGGCUCCGCGGGGCCCCUGGGCUGGCUGCUGUCGGACAAGGGUCCCUUUCAGCGCUCCCAGGAGUUUGUCGAUUUCACGGAGCGCUACCAGCAAGGGUUCACCACCAAGUACAAGAUAUACAGGGAGUUCGGCCGCUGGAAGGUGAACAGCUUGGCCCUGGAGAGACAGGAGAACAAUGGCCUUUCCUUGCCGCUGGACCCCGAGUUCCUCCAGACCAUUAGGCAGCUGGGCAGGAGGCCCAGCCUCGGCGCCAUCACCGACAACAUCAUCAGGAAAUACGGCACCCACUUCCUGCUCUCCGCCACGCUCGGAGGAGAGGAGUCAUUAAUGAUCUUUGUGGACAAGCGGAAGUUGAGUCGGACGACUGAAGUGAGUGAACCCAACAGCACAGCUGUGACUCUGGAGGCUCUGCACCAGCUGGCCGCCUCCUACUUCAUCGACAGGGAGAGCACCCUGCACAAGCUGCACCACAUCCAGAUCGCCUCCACCGCCAUCAAGGUGACCGAAACAAGGACGGGGCCUCUCGGAUGCAGUAACUAUGACAACCUCGACUCUGUCAGCUCCGUUUUGGUUCAGAGCCCUGAAAACAAGAUUCAUUUGCAAGGCCUGCAGGCCGUGCUGCCCGAGUAUCUGCGGGCCAGGUUCGUGCAGGCGGCGCUCAGCUACGUCGGCUGUAAUGAGGAGGGCCAGUUCGUGUGCCGCGACAGCGACUGCUGGUGCCAGUGCGCCGCCGAGUACCCGCAGUGUAAUUGCCCCGAGGUGGACCUGAGGGCCAUGGAGACCAGUUUACUGCAAAUCCGAGAUUCCUGGAAGAUGGCCAACCAAGACUUUGAGGAGUCAGACGAGUUCCAGAGCUUUGUCCGGAAGCUCCCCACGUUCUACGCCCUGAACGCGUCCGCCAUCCAGUACUUCUGGACGAACGAGCCGGCCGUCCACCAGCGCUACCGGCAGCUGGAGCUCCACAGCCGGCAGCUGCUGGGCAAAGCGCGGCGCAUCGUCAACAAGCUCUUCGGCCUCAGCAAGCGGUGUCGGACGCAGCCCAAGAUCGCCAUGCUGCGGGAGAGGCCCUUCAGCUACUGGCUGAACUACAUCCUCUCCAUCAUGUACUGCAGCGAGAACAACCACAUCGGCUCGUACCAGGAGGAGACCCGCAGCUGCUCCUGCCCCUACGAGCACCCGCCCUGCCAGGGUGUGAUCCCCUGCACGGUGAGCGAGGGCACCUCCUGUGCGUCCUGCUCCUACGAGAACCGCUCCCGCUGCGCCACCUGCAACCAGGGCUACAUGCUGAGCCAGGGAGUGUGCCGCAACGAGGUGCCCGACUCCACCGACCACUACAUCGGCUUCGAGACUGACCUGCAGGACCUGGAGCUGCGCUACCUUCUGCAGAAGCGCGACAGCCGCAUCAGCAUCCACGGGAUCUUUGUCAGCAACGACGUCAGGCUGAAUAACUGGUUCGACCCGUCGUGGAGGAAGAGGAUGCUGCUGACGCUGAAAAGUAACAAGUACAAGUCAAACCAUGUCCACAUGCUCCUGGGGAUGUCGCUACAGAUCUGCCUUACCAAGAACAGCACUCUGGACCCCAUGCUGUCCGUCUACAUCAAUCCGUUUGGGGGAAGCCACUCGGAGAGUUGGAUCAUGCCCAUUGACCAGAACAACUACCCAGACUGGGAGAGGACUAAAUUAGACAUUCCCUAUGACUGUUACAAUUGGACUUUGACUUUGGGCAACAAGUGGAAAACAUUUUUUGAGACGGUCCACUUUUACCUACGGAGCCGGAUCAGGGGGCCCGCGGCUAACGGAAACGGAACUGUAUAUUAUGAACCUUUGGAGUACCUGGAACCAGGGCGGAAUCUGGGCUACAUGAAAAUCAACAGCAUCCAGGUGUAUGGCUAUAGUAUGCACUUUGACCCGGACGCGAUCCAGGACUUGAUUUUACAGCUGGACUACCCGUAUACUCAGGGAUCGCAGGACUCGGCCCUGCUGCAGCUGUUGGAGAUCCGGGAUCGGGUCAACCGGCUCUCCCCGCCCGGCGCUCAGCCGCUGGACCUCUUCUCCUGUCUGCUACGGCACCGGCUCAAACUGUCCACCACGGACGUUGCCAGGAUCCAGGCGGCACUGCAGACGUUCACUGCCAAGCAGCCCAACUCGAUGGAAUACGAAACAACCAAAUUAUGUAGCUAAUAAGUAGUCAGUGGGCCAGGUGCACAGAUGGCGGAGCGGUUGUCACGAUGGCUAAGAGCAGUUCCGGAGCCGCGCGAAGGGACCUCUGGGUGACAUUUUUGUCGUUGUCAUGAAUCUCAAACGUGCAUUUGGGAUUCUCAUGUCAGCUUUUUCGUAUGAAUUUGUACAACAUAGUAGAAUGAAGGAGGAUUUCACCAAACCUGCCUCGUAGUUUCUUUUUUUUCUCUCUCUCUCUCUCUCUCUUGAUGAAAAUAAUGACGAUAUAAAAUUAAAGCUCUGCCAUCACUGAUAUGUUGCCAAAUGUGCUGACGUUUGUAUAUUGCACAAAUCUGAAUCACUCACAUACGCACACAAAAGCUUUCGCCGAUUGAUGACGUAUUCCCCAAGCAAUGUAAUCAUAGACAUUUCAACACCGGGAUGUUUUUUUUGUUGUUUUUGUUGUUUUUGUUGUAUUUGAAAUUUCUUUGGUCACAUUUGUCUCCCGGGUGCAAAAAUAACUUGUUUUAAUAUCAUGGACCUCACCUUUAAACGUUGACAUGAUGGGCACCUCCAUUGUUUUUGAGCUCUUUCCAUACAACAACAAACUCACUCCUUUUUUUAACCUCUAGUGAACAAUUUUGUAAGAAAUAAAUGCGAUAAACAAAGUGAAUGAAUAGAUGCUGUAUUAUAGCAGAUUUGCCGAGAAAACACAACACUACACCGUUAUCAUAACAAUAUCUGUUACCUGUGCUUUUAUUUUUAUAAUGCUGUUGUUUGUGAAACAAAGGUUAUAAAAACACUGUCUAUAAAAUGUAUAAUACAGUUUGUUAAUACACUAAAUAAAAUACAUUUUUAUGUGUGGUCUAUA